GUGGGCCACGAAGGGGACCACACUGAAGGGGUAGCAAAUCCUUACCCAGCCAUGCAAUGUCGCGAAAAAGGAAGGCUGGGAAAAAACAGGCACUACUGAAUACGUCUGGGAAGCCCUCGUGUUUUUUUUGACUCAUUUCGCGAAAAAAUAAGGCUGGGAAAAACCUGGCACCGCUGAGCAAGUUUGGGAAGCCUUCGUGACAUCUUGACUCAUUCAGCAAACAGCAGGUCUUGGAAUUGGCUGCCAUGGUGGCAGAUGCGCCCUUGGCCACACGUGAUCGGCGAGCUCCGAGUCUGCCACGCUGCACCUCAGCGCUGCGGUCAAUGGCAGGAGCUCGAGAGUGGCAAAAUGCCACAGCUUUCUUGGAGGAGAUGUGGCGUCAGGGUCCGCGACCUAACGCAACCUGCCUAAAUGCUGGCAUUGGUGCGUGUUCUCGUGCUGCAGCCUGGCAGCCGGCCCUGGCUUUGUUGGAGUCAAUGCCGGUGGCAGGCCUGGAAAGGAAUGCCAUCAGCUUCAGUGCCACCAUCACAGCUUGUGCCCGAGCUCGUCAUUGGCAGGUGAGCUUGGAACUGCUGGGGAAGAUGGAAGAGAGUAGCAUCCCAGCCAGUGCUGCGACUCUAGGAGCUGCUGUUUCGGCCUGCGAGCGCGGCGCGUACUGGACAGGUGCCAUACACCUGCUGCAGGAAGCUUGGCGCAAGGGGCCCUCGCCCAAUGUGCUGGCACUGAGUGCUGCUAUUAACGCCUGUGGCCAGGGCCAGCGAUGGGACCUGAGUCUUCAACUACUUGGAGAAGCCCAGGGGCACAGCAUUGAAGCGGAUGGAAUCACCUACAACUGUGCGAUUGGGGCUUGCGCGAGAGCAAGAAGGUGGGAAGAGACAUUGGUGCUGCUGUCCGACAUGCGAAAUCGCGACCUUGUCCCAGACUAUGUCACACACAAGUUGGUGAACACUGCUGUGGCUGACAAAGAUGUCUCAGCUGCAGUGUCAGAGUUACUGAAGCCGGACCAGACGCAGGAAAGAUCGCCUUUGCCAUCCAAAGGGGCGCUGAUGGCAGACAGAGCCGAGCUUGAUGGCAGGGUGUAUGGUCAUCGGCCAAUCCUGUGUGAUGAGGUGGUUGAGGCUUUGCAGCUAAGCGCGGCCUCACCUGUCCUGGUGGAUGCCACCUUUGGCCGGGGAGGCCACACCAGGAGACUGCUGGAAGUGCCAGGGGCCACUGUCUUUGCCCUUGAUGUGGACCCUACGGCCAUUUCGGAGGCAAAGCGACUAGCCUCGCAAGAGCCACGGCUGGUUCCUGUGCAUGCAGCAUUUGGAGAUCUUCAAGAGGCGCUUCCUCCUGGCACCCGUCUCCAUGGGCUUCUUGCGGAUCUCGGGGUUUCAUCCCCCCAAUUGGACCAGAAGCACCGUGGAUUCUCACCCAUUGAGGACGGGCCUUUGGAUAUGCGCAUGAAUCCAGAUGUCGGAAUCCCCGCGUCUGAAUGGUUGGACACAGUGAGCCCAGAGGAACUCGCAUGGGUGAUCCAUACCUAUGGAGAGGAUCGAGAUGCCUUCUUGGCAGCGCGCCUGGCAGAGGCCAUUUGCGCAAAGCGACCCUUCCAUCGAACCAAAGAGUUGGCGGAGGUCGUAGCAGAGGUGAAGGAACAGACCUUGGGCAGCAACCCAUUUCAACAGCCGGCGAGGCUGACGUUCCAGGCCAUUCGUUUACACUUGAACCAGGAACUGCAACAGCUGGAGAAGCUCCUGUCCGCAGCAUUUCAGCUGCUGGAGUUGGGUGGCCGGGCCAUCAUCAUUUGCUUCAAGGCCUCUGAGGUCUCCACUGUAAGACGCUGGCUGCGGCAGAAUGAGGACUGCAAAGCAAGCGUGGUGGAAGGAUGGACAGAGGAACGAGUCCUUGCGCUAUACCCAUUGCUGCAGAGAAGCCACGAGGAGCAGCCUUGGUGUGCCGUAGAGGUUCAGGAGCCUUUGAAACCCUCCGAGGCAGAAGUCCAGGCCAACACCCGAGCCCGAUCAGCUCGGGCGUUAGUCUUGGAGAAGCGGACUCGGAGAGUUUUAAGCGCCGGCAAAAAGGUGUUUGGCUGAUACAGCUUUGGCAAAUGGCUCGCUGUAUAUGACAUUGAGUUGAGUCACUGCGGUUUUGUGGAGGUCACUGAAAAAAAUUGGGUUAGGGCCGGUUAGGGUUGUCAGUUCAACUCGUGGGCUCC